GUGGGGAGACAGUGAAAAGUAAUGUACGUUUGGACAUUUUUACUCCUAGCACUGUCAGUUAUUGAGACGAUAAAGUCCGAGCUUCCUGAAGCAGAUUUCGUAAUGGAUGAAUUUCCACUUUACAAAUCAUUAGGAAUCUCGAUUGGGAGAAGACCGGGCAGAACAUUGGAUGACGGACAUUUAGAGAAGGAGUUUAAGGAACUCUACCAGGACAUGAUGAAAGGAAGCGAAGAAGUUGAUAAAACUGAAGACUUAGAUGCAUAUGUUUCUCAUACUGAUCUUACAAGGCUUAAGAGUGCGUCAGAUCGACGGCGUUCCGUUAUGCGCUCGCCAGCUAUAAAACGACGGGCUAGGUCGCAGACAAUUCGAAGACAAAAACUAAAUAGCCAGAGCCUAAGGAGUCAUUUCCAACAUUCAAGGCAAUCUAAUUAUGAAGAAUAACUAUCAUAGAUUGAGUAGAUAUAUGUAUAUUGUA